GUAUAGUACAGUUCACUCAACUAGUCCGUGAGACGGAGAGCCUUGACGCUGAAGUGUCUCGCCUCCACAACCAGAUCCGCAGCCACUACCUGCCACCGGUCUCCAUCAGUUCCACUGUGGACACGUCUUUGUAAUUUGAUGCAAAAUCAAUGAACAAUCCAAAAUGAAACGGAGAAGAAAUCUCUACGUGUUCACUGUGUGUGUGCUCGUGUUUAUAUACUACUUCUGUGGCGUUAGUGACUAUGUGUUCUCAAGAGAUUUUGACAGUGAAUUUGACUAUCCACUCAACACAGAUAUUCGGCCAAUUGUUGUCGAUAUAUUAGCUGGUUAUAAACCCAGUGUAACUCCUAUAAAUAUAUACCCAUAUAGGUUCCUUAGUAACUCUGGGAAAUGUAAUGCUGUGGAGAAGCUUGAUUUGUUUAUAUUAGUCAAAUCUGCUAUGAAUCAUUUUCAACACAGGAAAGCUAUAAGACAGACUUAUGGCCAAGAGAGCUAUCUACCAGGGCGCAUCGUCAAAAUCCUCUUCUUUCUUGGAAUAAAUGACAUGAAAUCCCAAACGCAAAGGAUGAUAGAAAAAGAAAUAGACGAACAUAAGGACAUUAUACAGAUAGAUUUUCAUGAUAAUUAUUAUAACAAUACUAUUAAGACUAUGAUGUCUUUUCGAUGGGCGUACGAACAUUGCUCUACCGCAGAUUAUUAUUUAUUCACAGACGACGAUAUGUAUAUAUCUGUUAGCAAUCUUUUGAACUAUGUAUCAGAGCAGCCUCCAACAGGAUUGAGCACGACUUUUUAUGAAAACGAAAGAGACAGACUACUUUUCGCCGGUUACGUGUUUAAAUCCGCGCCGCAUAGAUAUAUUACUAGUAAAUGGAGAGUAUCUAUAGAUGAAUAUCCAUGGAAUCGUUGGCCGCCUUAUGUCACGGCGGGCGCUUACGUUCUAUCUAAUAAGGCUAUUAAAAUAAUGUACAUAGGGAGUUUAUAUGUAAAACAUUUCAGAUUUGAUGAUAUUUAUUUGGGUAUAGUCGCGAAAAAGGUUGGCAUAGAGCCGACUCAUUGUCCACAUUUCUAUUUUUACAAGAAGAAAUAUAGUAAAGAGGACUAUAGUGAAGUGAUAGCCUCUCAUGGAUACAGUGAUCACAGUGAGUUGGUGAGGGUGUGGAACGAACAGAAUAGGAUUAUUUGAUGGUUGUUUGAUUGUGAUGCAGCGUGACAUUUGUGAAUUAAGAAUAUGUGACUGUAAGCUUCCUAUUUUGCUAGUAUGAUAUGACAUAUGACUAUUUGCCGUUCGCAGUAGCAUUUGAGUAAAAUUUGAGUAGCGUAAGUUAUUUGACAUUUAGGAUAUUUGGAGGCACGGCCGUGCCCCCGCCAAGAUAGUGAUAGGUUUGUCCCCCACAGUGAUUGUUUUGUAAAAUGUGUAAUUGGCAAAAGCUACAACUGGGAGGUAAUAAAAAAAAUAUGUAUAACAAUUGUAUAUUUGAUAAGUAAAUAUCUCAUCACAACAUUGUACUCUUUGUUUUA